AGCUAUUUUUUGACCAUGUUGCAGAAAAUGAAUCAUAUAUUAAAAAUGGUUAUUUUUAUUACAGGUGCACGACGCGAUUCAUUUGAGGAUGAUUUGGAAGACAUCAAUUUCGAUUUGGCCAUGCCGAGCUUUUUCGCUGAGACUUUCAAUAGAUUGAGGCAAAAUCUUAUGAACUAUUUCUGGAAUAUGCCUGAUAUCGCGAAAAUUCCGAUUCCUGAAGGAGCAAACACAACUUCCACCACUAAGAUCAUUAAUGGUCAUGUGGUAACGAUCAACGAGACGACUUACACAUCGAGCGACGAAAACGGCGGCACCGCAUUCCGAAUUCGCAUAAUCGAUGUAAAACCGGAAAAUGACACUCUACCGACUUUCGGCGGUGACAAUGCGGAACCGACAACGGUGAGGGCGGAAGCGCCAGAGAGCCGCGAGACGAUGGAGGACAUGAACAACGAGAUACCGAAGAAUACGGACGUACUGACCGCUUAAAAAACGGUCGGUCGUUCACGCUCGAUUUUGAAAACGAGGAAGAACGAUCCCUCAUUACGUGGCUGUAGUAGAGUAACUUUUCGAUAUCGCACCGAGUGCAUCGCGUUAAAGUAAUAUUAUUAUAAUAUAUAGUUGUGUUUCUGUGGUUUUCUAUAGCUUUUUUUUUUUAAUACGGUUGAUUGUUUACGACGUUUAUCUGCGCCUUUUUGAAAUAAAAGAUUACUACUGCUGUGAAAAAAUACAGCCCGGAUUUACGAAGAUAUAUGGAUAAUAUAAAUUGGAAAGGAGUUAAUAAAUAAAUUAAUUAAAUAAAGUAAUUAAUUCAUGUAAUUUUAAUUAAAAGAUUAAAAGCUUUGAAUUCACAUUAAAUAAACAUUAAAUUGAAUUAAAUUUUUGAUUAAAUUGAGUUAACAUAACUAUCUUUAAAGCUUAAUGCGCUUUUACAAAUAAUGUUGAGUUUAAAACAUUCUUCUUGUAAAUUAAUAAAAAAAAAGGUUGAAAAACUUGUUUGUUGAAUCAUUUAAAUGUAUAUUUUUCAUAUGUAUAUUAUUAAAAUUAGCUUUUUUUCUUAUUUAAAUGCUAUAUAGAAAAGAUGAAUACACAAAACUAGUCAUGUAUGCUAAUUUAUUGGUUGACGGUCGUAUUUAUUCACAGAGAAACCGUUUUCUGUAAUACAUAAUAUCGGCACUCCACUUGAUUAAUUAUAUCACUUAUUUACAUCGUCCGUCAAGCGUAAGAUUUAUGCUGAUUUGCUAUGUACCACGCGAUAAAAUACAAAUGCGAAGUAGAUUAUAAUUGCUGGUUGGCAUUACAAUAUUGCCUUAUAUACAUACAGCAGUGCGGAGAUCUAUAUUUUAUAAAAAAUUGUAAGGUUGAUAUCGAACCCACCAAGAUCUAUACUUCCUAUACAUACUUAGGUAAUCCUAACACCCUUUUAGUUCCUUCGACGUACGAAAAAGUAUAAUUUCAAGUAAUAUAUAGUCAUAUGCUUGAUGAUUAAACAUUUAUACGCAGGAGUAAACGUUCGUAAACAAUUUUCAAAGAUAAGGAAAAUUUUUACAAAGAAAUAUAGCAGUGUAUCGCGAUUUUUUAUAACAAAAAAAAAACGUACGUUCCUGUAGCUUUAUAUUCACGGAUUUUAAUAAACUUACAGAUAUACUUCUUAUACAUUGUAAGUUGGUUAGAGAGAGAAAAGUUGAUACAAUAAAAUAUAUGAAUAAAA